CUUUCUUCGAUUGCCAAGAUUGUAUUCCACUCAUGCAAUCGUUGAAUUAUAAUAGGGGAAUCACCGACAUUCAUCAACCAAUGAAUUGCGUAUGUCUUUGCCUGUACUGUGUUAUGACAGUGUUAAUUGUUUGAAAAUGGGAGUCGGGUUACUUUAUAAAUUGGAGUGCAAGAGUGGAGUUAUUUAAAAAUAGGAGUUCAGGAUAAUUUCCAGAUUUGUUAGUUUCGGGAACAAAAGCAUAGCAGAUAGCGCAACCUAUCGUUGAAUCGCAGAUAGUGAACUAUGGGUAAUGACGAAGAAAAUAAAAAGAAGAGUGAAUGUAAUCUUUAAUAUUUUUCGGUAUUAACCUCACUUAUUUGACAUAACAACAAAAUCUAUAAGAUUUCUUAUUAAGUUAUUGUUUUCCUUAAAAAAAUUAAUUUGAUAUUUGAAUAUAACAAAGCAAUUGAAAGAUAAUUAUUAUUUUAAAUGAAGUCAUGGAUCGAACUCCCAAAGGAAAAUCUUUAAGGUUUGUUAGACCUAAUGAUAAACCAAUUUCAAGUAAGAGUCCAGUGAAGGAAGCAAAAAAACAACGUUUUUGGGAUCAUGAUGCUGAUAAUCUAGAAAGUAAUGAUGUAUUAUGGGAUUGGGAUUCUCCAAAAAAUAUAAGACCAAAGGCUUUGAGAGUUACAAAAAGAGAAAUUCACAAAUCACCGAAAUUAGCUCCUAAAAAAACAUCUCAGACAGAUCACAUUAAAAAUUAUGAAAAAUUAAAACAGGAACUACAAGCUUUGAGAGAUGAAAUAGCAAGAACAGAUGAUUGUUUGCCUUUAUCUCCUGUGGAUGAACAAAUAUUCCAGGAAGAAAAUGUGGACAGUGAUAUCAACUCUUUUAUUGAAGAACAAUAUUUUCAUAUUGAAAAUCAGGAGACAGAAGCUUGUUCGAAAAUUGGAGGAAAACAAAAUACUAAAGAAACAAUUUAUGAAUUGCUAAACGAUGACUGUGAUGAAGAAUUAUUUUUAUGUUCUCAAAUGAUAGAAGAAAAACUUUAUGAAUUAAAUCAAAAUACAGAAAAAAUAAAUGAAAAAAAUGGAGUGUAUAGGAAUGAUUUUAAUAAAAAUGUUGAUAUUUCUAAUUUGAAUUCUAGUAUACAAGUACAAAGUGAGCUGAAAAAUGCUGAACUUAAAAAUAUUUCUGAAAAUGUUAUAAAUGCAGAAAAACAUGUUCCGUCUAGAUCUAUAGAUGAUUCUUUUGAUGCAGUAUUAAGAGAAUUUGAGGAUGAAGACCUAGAUAUUCUCUCCCAAACCGCUGAUAAAACAUUAUUGUUUGUGCCUAAACAAUUUCAAAGCAAAAAUACUUUCAGUUCAAACUUUAAAAGAACAAUUUCUGAUGCCAAUGUACAGUACCUACCUAGUAAAGUUGAGAACUUAAAUAUUACUAAGACUGGGUUCCCUAGAACUCUAAGCUUUGAAAGUGCUGCAACUGUGAAAAAUAAUGAUAAUUUACCUAAACAUGUAAUGGAACAAAUUGAAAUGAAACGCAAAGAAGCGUUAGCUAGGUUAAUGGAAAGAAAGGAUAAAGAAAAACGAGCAACGCAAGUAUCCCCAAGUAAUAAUACAAGUAGUGAUCAAUUUUCUUCAAAAUGUUCCUCAAAUGAGAUAGAGAGAAAAAGGCUUCAAGCGAAAGCAAUACGAGAGGCCAAGCAAAAAGAAAUCAUUGAAAGAAACAGACAAGAGGCCAUGAGAAGACUAGAAAUGAAUAGGCGUAAAAGAAUGGAAAUUUUAAAGUCCCAAGAAAAAAAAUUAUAAAAUCAUAUAUCAGUCAUACGUGAUAAUGUGAAAUAUAAUUUUCAUUAAUAUAAGAACUGUUAUUGUUUGGUGAAAAAUUAUUAUAGAUUUUCUAUUAAACAAUUUUUACAAGAGUAUUGUAUAUUUACUUAAGUAUUUGUAGAUAUGAAUUAAAAAUGUAAAAUCAA